CAACUGGUUAAUACUGGCUAAGAAAACCAAGUGAAGAUAAGCGCCUGAUUAUUCACGUCCUCAUCGCCUGCAUUUAAUCCCACUACCGCCAUUGCAAACCACGGAAGUGCAAAACGAAAUCCUAAAAUCCUGCAAAGAGAGAAAGAAAAAAGAGAGCGAGAGAAAGGGUUUUAGAGAGAAAAGGAUACACACACAGACGGGGCAACACACAUACACACAAACGCACACAAGACACACACACACACAGACACACACACACAUUGGUGCACCCGCGGACGUAGUCUACACACGUUAUAUUUUCUUCCCUCCUGUUUUAUUCCAAGGAUUUCUGCGAUUCUUUCCGAUUAAUUCCCCCGUUUCUCCCUCUCCUCCUCCGGCCAUCUUGUCGUCCUCCUCGCCCCGGACUCGUUAGCUCAGUGAAUUUAGCGAAUUAUUAGCGAAUUCGUAGUGAAUAUAUGGACCUUUGAGCCACAGUCAUGCCUCCCAAGAACAGGAAAGUGGCCGUUAUGGGAUACAGAAGCGUGGGCAAAUCCUCCUUGUGUAUCCAAUUCGUUGACGGACAGUUUGUGGACAGUUAUGCCCCAACUAUUGAGAAUACCUUCACAAAGAAUCUGAGAGUGAGAGGGCAGGAGUAUGGCCUGGAGCUGGUAGACACAGCUGGCCAGGAUGAGUACAGUAUUUUCCCUGCACAGUACUCAAUGGAUAUCCACGGUUACGUCCUCGUCUACUCUAUCACUUCCGAGAAAUCAUUUGAAGUGGUGCAGAUCAUAUAUGAUAAGAUCCUCGACAUGAUGGGCAAAGUGACUGUUCCCAUUGUCUUGGUGGGUAACAAAACAGAUCUUCACAUGGAACGUGUUGUGACCACAGAUCAAGGACGCAAAAUUGCCGAGCUGUGGAAGGCUGUUUUCCUGGAGACCAGUGCCAAGCAACAUGAAGCUGUAAAUGAUAUCUUCACACGCGUCAUUCUGGAGAUCGAGAAGGCUGACGGCAACAUCAGUCCCGAGGGAAAAUGCAGAGUAUCAUGAAGAUCCUGGGUUAUAGGAUGGACUUUUGAAACAUCUUUUCACAAUUAAUUCAUCAAAAUUAUAUAAGAAUUAAAUUUGAAUAGCUUAAGAAUAAUAGUGAUAAUAUUACACCUAAUAAUAAUGAUUUUAUUUGGCCUUGAAAAAAUCUAAAAAAGAAAAAAAGAAAAAAAAAUAAUGACAGUAAUAAUGAUAUAUGAUUUGGAAUAUCUUUCAGAAAUUUUAUGAGGAGGGAGAUGAAUUAAUUUAGUCCAGGAGCCUUGUGUGAGUUUACGUGAAUAUGGGUUGGAUUAUAUUUUGUAAGUAUAUGUACAGCAUGUUUUAAUAUCAUACUGACUUAGCCAGGGUGCCUCAUUGGUAGACCAAGUACUCAACAUACAACCUAACCCAUUUGAGACGUUAGAUGCAAUUUUUGCAAUAUUCUUCAUUUUAAAAGAAAAUCUACUUGGAGUAUAUAUAUGUCCCAGAUCCUCCCUGGGCAUAGAAGGAAGUUUUUUUUUUUUUUUUUUUUUCUGUCUCUCUCUCUCUCUCUCUCUCUCUCUCUCUCUCUCUCUCUCUCUCUCUCUCUCUCUCUCUCUCUCUCUCUCUCUCUCUCUCUCUCUCUCUCUCUCUUAUCCGUUUUAUUUUUCAGGUUAAGAUACAGUGUGAAAUUUGGUCAUUUUUUGAAGCAAGUUACUGCCUCAUCCUAAAGUGUAGCUGUAAAUAUAUUUCAUAUAAGAGUGGGAACUUUAUUUUUAGUUCUGUGGAUAAUGGAGAUCAAGAUUAAAACAAACAAAAAAAAAAUAAUCUAGUGUAAGAGGAAAAAAAAACAAAACAAAACUCAAAAAAAAAAAAAAAAAAAAGAUUAGUAAUUAAGUGAAAAUCCCAACCCCCCCCUUCCCUUCCCCUCCCAAAACCCAGUUUCAAAUGACAUCACAAGUUCGUAGACGUUCCCAGUUUUUGUAGCGUUAGUGUGUUGCGGGGGUUUAGAGUUUGAGGCGUGUUCGUAUCCAAUAUUUUUUCAUCAUAUUUUUUAUUUUGCUACCUAAAUGAUUCUCAGACACAAACAGGAAGUGUGAUUGUUUAGUGUAAAGAAUUGUAAUAUAGGUACUUGAUAGAUUUAUUUGCAACUGAGAGUUUUUGACUUCUGUAUUUUGUCAAAUGUAAAGCUGGAUACAGAGUGUUGUUGAUGAGCUGAAGCUUCUGUUACAGGAAGAAUUCAGAAUCUUACAGAAACUUGGUAUACUAAGUAGAAGUAAAAAUGACAUUUUCUUUAGUAAAUAAACUUUGUAUGAAAUUAUAUUUUUUAUUUAAGAGCUGUCAUGUUUGAUAUAAUUUUUAUAUUAAAUACAAUGUGAACUAAGAAUGGAGCAGUAGAUGGCUUUUAUUAUGAUUAUUUUGUGUUAUUGAGUUAUAUUGUAAUUGUAGCAUAAAAUGUUUGUCAGAGA